CACCACUGCCCUGCUGAGACGCCGCCAAGAGUUUCUCCGCUCUUCUUCUUCUUCUUCUUCUUCUUCUUCAACUCUUUUCCGAGGAGAUAAAUUGAGCUGCUAUGGGUAGUAAGAAGAGGGGAUCAGAAUCUGUAGAAGUUGAAGAGGGUCAACUAGAAGCGCCUGCGAAUGAGGUUGUUUCGAGUGGCAAAUCGAAAAAGAAAAUGAAGAGGGAAAAGGGCAAAGAAGAAGACUCAGUGAGAGAUGAGGACGCGGGACCUUCUGUGGCUCCUAAUUCCAUUAAGCCCAUGGAGAGGAGAAAGAAGAGGAAAGCAUUGGACAAAGAGAGGCGUCAUUCCACUUUGGAGAGUGAAAAGUCUAAGCCCAAAAAAAUGGAUGUCGAAUCGAAACACAACAAAAUUGAGGCAUCUGGUGUGGCAUCUACAAUUGGAUCUUCGUCUAGUGGCAUUCUGCCCGAGUUCCACAUUGGUGUUUUUAAGGACUUGGCAUCUUCUGAUGCGUCCGUGAGAGAAGCAGCGGCAGAAGCGCUGGUAAUGGAGUUGCAGGACGUUCAGAAAGCGUAUGACAGGCUUGAGAAUAAGGAUUCAGUUGAGGGGGGAUUGAAGUUGGAAGCUGAAAAGGAGGAUGGCUUGAAUGAGUGUGCACCCUCUUUGAGAUAUGCUAUCCGAAGGCUUAUUCGUGGUGUUUCUUCAUCAAGAGAGUGUGCGAGGCAAGGCUUUGCAUUAGGCUUAACUUUAUUGGUAGGGACCAUACCCAGCAUCAAAGUGGACUCUCUUCUGAAACUCAUAGUUGAUUUGCUUGAGAUAACUUCAUCAAUGAAGGGCCAGGAAGCAAGGGAUUGUCUUUUAGGUCGUCUAUUUGCUUAUGGUGCUCUUGCACGGUCUGGAAGAUUGGCUAUGGAAUGGAAUUGCAAUGAAGACACACCUUACAUAAAGGAAUUCACUAGUCUUAUGAUCUCCCUUGCAGCCAAGAAGAGAUACUUGCAAGAGCCUGCUGUAUCAAUAAUUCUAGACUUGAUUGAAAAGCUGCCUGCAAAAGCCUUGUUGAAUAAUGUGCUAGAAGCUCCAGGACUUGCUGAGUGGUUUGCAGGUGCCACAGAAGUUGGAAAUCCUGAUGCAUUGCUUCUGGCUCUAAGACUUCGUGAAAAGACAUCUGUUGACAGCUCAGUGUUCAACAAACUUCUGCCAAAUCCGUUUUGUCCCAACAAACUUUUUGCUGCCGAUCAUCUAUCCUCUCUUGCUAGUAGUUUGAAGGAAUCGACCUUCUGCCAGCCUCGAGUUCAUAGUGUAUGGCCUAUACUGGUAAAUAUACUUUUACCCGAUGUUCUUUUGCAAGCUGACGAUGUAGCAUCUGUUUCAAGUUCGUUGAAGAAGCACAAGAAAAACCGGAAGUCUAGCUCUUCUGAGGAAGAAAAUGCAAAGAACUUGCAAUGCUUUAUUGAAGUAAUUGUUGAAGGAUCUCUUCUUCUGUCAUCUCAUGAUCGUAAGCACGUGGCAUUUGAUGUUCUGCUGCUUCUCUUGCCAAGGCUGCCUGCGUCUUUUGUUCCAAUUGUUUUGUCAUACAAACUUGUCCAGUGCCUGAUGGAUAUAUUGUCUACAAAGAACUCAUGGCUUUAUAAAGUUGCACAGCAUUUUCUUAAGGAGUUGUCAGAUUGGGCCAAGCAUGAUGAUGUAAAAAAGGUUACUGUUGUUGUUGCUCUACAAAAACACAGCAAUGGAAAAUUUGAUUCUAUCACCCAAACAAAAAUAGUUAAGGAUCUUAUGGCAGACUUCAAAACAGAAUCCGGGUGCAUGCUGUUUAUUCAGAACUUGCAGGACAUGUUCGUGGAUGAAAGCCAUGCUGUAGAGGAACCUUCUGAUCAGAGCCAAACAACAGAUGACAAUUCAGAGAUAGGUUCAAAUGAAGACAAAGAAUUUGUUGGGACAAUGGGAAAUUCCGACGUUUUGAAAACUUGGAUUGUUGAAUCCUUGCCCAGUUUAUUGAAAUACUUAAAGCUUGAUCUUGAAGCAAAAUUCCGCAUUCAGAAAGAGAUUUUGAAGUUUCUAGCUAUACAGGGCGUGUUCACUGCAUCUCUUGGCACUGAAGUAACAUCAUUCGAGUUACAAGAGAAAUUUAGGUGGCCAAAAGCAGCGACUUCUAGUGCUCUUUGCAGGAUGUGUAUUGAGCAGCUUCAGCAGUUGCUGGCAUCUGCUCAAAAGGGAGAGGGAUCACGUGCAUUGCCAAACGGUCUUGAGCCAAAUGAUCUUGGGUCAUACUUCAUGCGAUUCCUUAGCACCUUACGCAACAUUCCAUCAAUUUCUCUCUUUCGUCCUUUGGAAGACGAGGAAGAAAAUGUAUUUAAGAAAUUGCAAGCACUGGAAACUUCACUGUCUAGAGAGGAGAGGAAUUCUGGACUGAGCAGUGAUGUAAAUAGAUUGCAUGCACUACGAUACUUGCUUAUCCAGUUGCUUUUGCAAAUGCUUCUUCGACCAAGGGAGUUCUUGGAAGCUGCCUCUGAGCUAAUUAUAUGUUGUAGGAAAGCUUACCCUUGUCCCGAUCUUCUUGAGUCCUCUGGAGAAGAUGACAAUGAUGAUACUGCACCUGCAGUAAUGGAUGUUAUGGUGGAUACGUUACUGUCAUUGUUGCCACAGUCAUCAGCUCCUAUGCGAACAGCUAUUGAGCAGGUUUUCAAAUACUUUUGCAAUGAUAUCACGGAUGAUGGUCUGCUGCAAAUGUUGCGGGUUAUUAAGAGGUCUCUUAAACCUGCUAGGCAUCAGGUUGCUGAGAGUGACAAUGAUGAUGAAGAUGAUGAUGAUGAUGAAGAUUUCCUCGAUAUUGAAGAAGAUGAGGUGAUUGAUAAAGCUGAGACAGGGCAAACGGGUGAAAGUGAGGACCAGACAGAUGACUCUGAGGCAGUAGGUGGGUUCAAGAAAGUUGAUGAAGAGGUUCCGGAAGCUUCAGAUGAUUCUGACGAAGGAAUGGAUGAUGAUGCAAUGUUCCGAAUGGACACUUACCUUGCCCAGAUCUUUAAGGAGCGAAAGAAUCAGGCUGGGAGUGAAACUGCUCAGUAUCAGCUUGUGCUCUUCAAACUUCGUGUACUCUCGUUGCUGGAAAUUUACUUGCAUGAAAAUCCAGGUAAGCCACAGGUUCUCUUGGUGUAUUCAAACUUGGCGCGGGCACUUGUUUGCCCACAUACUGCGGAAAGUAGUGAACAGCUUGGGCAGCGAAUAUGGGGAAUUCUUCAAAAGAAGAUAUUCAAAGCAAAGGACUAUCCCAAGGGUGAAGACGUGCAACUACCUACUCUUGAAUCUCUGUUGCAAAAGAAUUUGAAGUUGGCAUCAAGACCAAUCAAGAAAAAGAAACUUGCCGGUAAGAAGCAGUCAGCCUCCUGGAACCGACAGAAGAUGAUCGCUUCCCUUGCUCAGAACUCCACCUUUUGGAUUCUGAAGAUCAUCGAUGCAAGAAAUUUUCCCGAAUCCGAGCUGCAGAGGGUCUUGGAUAUCUUUCGGGGUGUUCUGGGAGAAUAUUUUGAUAGCAAGAAGUUCCAAAUGAAGCCUGAAUUUUUGAAAGAGAUAUUUCGAAGGCGGCCAUGGGUUGGGCGUCAUUUAUUUGGCUUCCUCUUGGAGAACUGUAGCAGCACGAAAUUCGAGUUUCGGCGGGUGGAAGCGCUCGAUUUGGUAACUGAAAUAUUGAAGUCGGUAGGUCCGGCUGAUGGAAGCGGCCGAGAUGCACUGAAAGAAAUCUUGAAGAGCCAUCUGAGUAAAUUGUGUCAUUUGAUAGAAGUUUUGGUUACAAAUAAGGCAGAAAAGCAGUCGAGGCGGGCUGAAGUUCGGAAAUUUUGUGGCAAGAUCUUUCAGACCGUAUCAACCGUUAAGCUGGCCAAGGCUUUCCUUAAAUCUUUGGAUCAAAAUGUUCAUGUCCUCUGCGAAUCCCAACUUGGUGAUCAAUUUCUUAAUUUGAAGAAGCUUCCUUAAAUUAUGAUAGAAAGCUCGUUAAAGAAUUCUUAUUUGUGGAAGCUUCUUUUUAAAAUCAAAUCACCAUUUUUGGCUCAUCUAACAUGGUUAAAGAGGUUUGUUCGUUCUUGGUUUUACUUUACAGAAAAGUUUUUAGUGCUCUUAAAUGUUUUAUAUAAGCUAGUGCAGCUUUUGUUUCGGCCGUUGGCUAAUAUGUUAGUUGUAUUCUUGACUGGCUUAAAUUCCAUUUUUGUUUUUGUCUACUUCAUAUUUGAAGCUUCCUUGAAGCAGUUUUGAGGAAACAAUUGUCAUUUGUUGCAGAUUUUGCUUUUGCACUUUUUGGUAGACUAGUUUAGUAACGUGAUCCUCGUGUAUUGUCUUAUUGGAGACAGCAGACAGCUGAAGAGUUUAUUAUUUAUUGAAUAAUGAAAAAUUUAUUUA